AUUUGUUACCAUCUUCACAUAGCGACCACAUAGUAACCGCGGAACAAGGUGUAAAGAAAACACUUGCGUUAGAGUUUUAUGUUGAUCGAAGGACAAGAUGAGCCAAAGACAGGUUUUGCAAGUUUUUGAGCAGUAUCAGAAGGCUAGAACAGGAUUUGUUCAGACUGUAGCAGAGUUAGCCAGCAGGCCCCAGAACAUCGAAACCCUUCAGAAUGCUGGAGUUAUGUCCCUUCUCCGACCACUCCUACUGGACAUUGUACCAACCAUUCAGCAGACAGCUGCCCUGGCCCUCGGCCGAUUGGCCAAUUACAACGAUGAUCUGGCAGAGGCUGUAGUGAAGGGAGACAUCCUACCCCAGCUUGUCUACUCCCUGGCUGAACAAAAUAGGUUCUACAAAAAGGCAGCAGCAUUUGUUUUGAGAGCAGUAGCCAAACACUCCCCUCAGCUGGCCCAGUCUGUAGUUGACUGUGGGGCCCUGGACGCUCUAGUCAUAUGUCUAGAAGAGUUUGACCCGGGGGUUAAGGAGUCAGCUGCCUGGGCACUGGGAUAUAUAGCUCGUCACAACGCAGAGCUAGCCCAGGCUGUUGUGGAUGCCGGGGCAGUCCCCCUCCUUGUUCUGUGUAUCCAGGAACCAGAACUCUCCCUGAAGAGGAUCGCAGCCUCGGCCCUUAGUGACAUCUGUAAACAUUCCCCCGAGCUGGCACAGACUGUGGUCGAUGCAGGAGCCAUUGCUCAUCUAGCUCAAAUGAUUCUCAAUCCCGAUGCUAAACUCAAGCGUCAAGUUUUCUCCGCUCUGAGUCAGAUUUCCAAACACUCUGUUGACCUAGCAGAAAUGGUCGUGGAAGCUGAAAUUUUCCCGGCUGUUCUGACCUGCCUGAAGGAUCCAGAUGAGUACGUGAAGAAAAAUGUCGCCACCUUGAUCCGAGAAAUUGCUAAACACACUCCUGAGUUGGCUCAGCUGAUUGUGAAUGCAGGAGGUGUGGCUGCAGUUGUAGAUUACGUCGGAGAAUCUAAAGGAAAUAUACGACUUCCUGGAAUCAUGAUGCUGGGAUACGUAGCAGCUCACUCCGAAAAUCUGGCCAUGGCAGUUAUUGUAUCUAAGGGAGUAGUUCAGCUUGCCAUUGCUUUAUCCGAGGAACCAGAAGACCACAUACAAGCCGCGGCGGCCUGGGCGUUAGGACAGAUAGGUCGUCACACUCCAGAACACGCCAAGGCGGUGGCGGUCGCUAACGUGUUACCCAAAUUACUUCAGUGUUACCUCAGAGCAGAUGCUUCAGAAGAUCUCCAGACAAAGAGCAAAAAGGCCCUAAAGAACAUCCUCCAGAAAUGUGUCCAUCUCCCCGCACUAGAACCCCUUCUCCACGAUGCACCACCAAAUAUCCUCAAACACGUUGUCGGACAGUUCAGCAAAGUUUUACCACACGACUCCAAAGCCAGGCGUCUCUUUGUCACGAGUGCCGGACUUAAAAAGAUACAAGAAAUCAAGGCAGAACCCGGCUCAGCCCUGGCAGAAUACAUCAACACAAUUAAUAACUGCUACCCAGAAGAAAUUGUCAAAUACUACUCCCCUGGAUAUUCCGACACCCUGCUAGAGAGAGUAGAACAAUACCAGCCCAGUAAAUAAACAAUCUAACACCGCAAGUGCAAAAAAAAGGACACAAGUGCAAAAAGGACGCUUUAAUUUGAAUGUGACAAAACUGUGACAGCCAAGGAUUGAAGUUUUUCUUUACUUUCUAGAGAUCUAUACUUCAAUUGCAUUUAUAUUUAGGAGUUUGAUGAGAAUUUAUGAAAUUUAAUUUGAAAAACUUACAAAUUUAUAAUAAUCAAAAUUUACAUAUUGAGUUCAUAUUAUAGUAUGCUCCUUGAAAUUAUAAGGAAAUGUAUAUUCCACUUGCACAGACAUGUAUGAGUGAAAUUUAGUUCAAUUUAAUUUAAAAAAGAAGGGAGGGGGUAAAGAUUUAAUAAUUCCGUUUUAUUACUCAAACUGUGAAUGAAUAUUUUAUUACUCAAACUGUGAAUGAAUAAAGAAAACAACCUUAUGAAAGAGGAAUUUUCAAAAUAGAAAAUGAGAUGUUUAAGUUUAUCUACAUAACUUUUUCAAUAUCAAUAUUGCUUAAUUAAAUGUUUAUAUAAUGAUACUUCAGGCAAAACUAUUAUACCGUUUACUAUUUGUUACAAAAUAAAUAUUUAUUACAAAAUUAAGAA